AGUACGCGACCGCAACUUCAGAAUGCUGACAUGGCCGCGUCCAUCGAGCUGAGACUCACUUUAUGGAUCUGUCUUGUGUUUAUUUUGUGUUUCCACUCGGUCUCCGCGCUCAUUGAAGGACUAUACUGCGGGACUCAAAGCUGUUAUGAUGUGCUGGGAGUUUCGCGCGACGUCAGUAAAGCGGAGCUCGGACGCGCGUACCGGCAGCUGGCGCGGAGGUAUCACCCGGACAGAUUCCAGCCCGGGGAGACCGACGACACCCAGGAAUCAGCCCAGCAAAAGUUUCUGCUCGUCGCCACUGCUUACGAGACGCUUAAGGAUGAAGAGUUACGUAAGGACUAUGACUAUAUGCUGGAUCACCCAGAGGAAUACUACAGCCACUACUACACCUACUACAGGAGAAGACUCGCUCCCAAAGUAGACGUUAGGAUAGUGAUUCUCGUAACUAUUUGUGCAAUCUCAUUGUUUCAGUAUUACAGCUGGUGGAGCAGCUACACAGAAGCCAUCAACUACCUUAUGACCGUUCCCAAAUAUCGCAUCCAGGCUACAGAACUGGCCAAGCAGCAGGGUCUGCUGAACAGAACCAAAGAGAAGGGCAAAAACCGGCGAUCCAAAGAGGAGAUCCGAGAGGAAGAGGAGCAGAUCAUUCGAGACAUCAUCAAGAAUAAAAUAGACAUCAAGGGCGGCUAUCAGAAACCCAAUGUGUCUGACAUUCUGCUGUGUAAAAUUGUUCUGUUCCCGUACCAUCUGUGCACAUACGUGGCGUGGAAUUUCUCAUGGUUUUACCGUUUCACCAUUCGCGGAGAGGAGUAUGGAGAGGAGGAGAGACUUUACAUCAUCCGCAAGUACAUGAAGAUGUCUCAGGCUCAGUUCGACAGUCUGGAGAACAGCCUGAUAGAGACGUUCCUUAAGCAGCAGCUCUGGAUCAAGGAGAAUUACGAGGCUUAUAAAAAGGAGCAGGAGGAGGAGAUGAAGAUGAAGAUGGCCACAGACUCGCGAUGGAAACGCUACCGGCGCUGGAUGAAGAGUGAAGGGCCUGGGCGCAUCACUUUUGCAGAUGAUUGACCUCACUCAGACAUUUACAGCUCGUGUGUGUGCGUGUGUCAUUACACAGCGCUCCCUCGCACUCGUUUACAGUGUACGGUUGCCUUUUCUCAUGUUAAAUGAGACUAAUAAGUAAAGGCUUUUUGAUUGUACUUAAUGGAGGAUCGUUCGAUUUAUCCGUCAUUGCAUAACGAGGAAGAGACUGAUCCAGUGCUGGAAAACCAAUCUCAAAAACAUUGUAGGUUGUUUUACACAGAAGGACGUGAUCAUAAUAGAAACCCAGUGUUACAGUUGGUAAAACGCCUCAGUUCUACUUCUGAAGGUUUUGUCUUCUUAAUAGUGUUGUCAUGA